GCUCUUUCAGUUGUAGUAAAAAUUUUUAUUCAACCAAUAUCAAUUAAGUUAUGUUAUGUGAUUUAUGUAAAAGAAGUAACAAUAUAAUUAAAUUUUAAUAAACUAUAAUUGAACUUUUACUAAAGCUACCCUUACAGGGUAUUUUGUAUAAAGUAUAUAAAUAAGCCGCUAUGGUUAAAAGGAAAGGAAAAAAAAACAAACAUAACAAUAAAAAAAAUAAGACAAAGCUGAAUCUAUCAGUAUCUUCCGAAGUACUAAACGAUCGCAAACAGGAAGCAGAAGGAAACGAGGAGGACGAUGAAAUUGAAUCGAAACCUGCGGCAGUUAAGCGACAACACGUUGAUGACUCCGAUGCAGAAGAAACACCGCGUAAAAAGAAAAAGAAAAAGCCCGUUAUUACCGAAACAACUGAUAAAAAAGGUAAAAAGUCGAUACGACAAACAAAGAGAGAAAACUAUCUUAAACGUCAAGCCCAAGCUGCAGAACUUUCAAAAAAUCAACUCAAAUCUCAGUGUCUCAGCUAUCUUUCUCAGUGGAAACAUGACAAACAAAACUGGAAGUUCAUGAAAGUUAAACAGUUAUGGCUACUUAAAAAUAAGUUUUCCACUAAUUUAGUACCUGAUGAAUCUUGGCAGACCCUAAUUGAGUAUUUUGAAUCUGCAAAAGGGAAUGUACGCACAUUAUUGCUUGAAGAUGCAAAAAAAGUCAUUAAACAAAUGGAUGAAUGGACAGAAAAACAUGGUCAAAGUAAUACACAAGAAAUAGAUGAAGAAAACAGUGAAGAGAAUACAACAGAAGAGACUAACAAACCUGAUGAAGUUACAUAUAAGAGAGCUCGAGAUUUAAUACAAUGUCUUGAAGAAUAAAUUAAUUUUUUGAAUAAAACAUUUAUUAAAUUAAGAAUCUACAUUGGUAACAAAGAAAAAUAUAUCAUUUCAUUUUAUUAAA